UGGAAGCAUCGCGCGCAGCCGAUAAUUUUUCUGUAUGCACACUGCUUUUCGGAUACAUACAAUUUUUUUCUUUCUUUUGCUUUUCGUGAAGAGAAGAACUCUCAAAUCAUUUUGGACUCAAUAAUAUUUUGUUUUGUGAAAUUUUUUAUGUCACUUCGAUUUUUUUGUGCGAAAAAAAAAGACAAAUAAAAUGAAAAAAGUGAAAAAAUAGACAUUUAUCAACAGAAAACGAGAAAUAAAUUUUUGUUCUUGUGUGAUUUGAAACAGAAAAGACUGAGCAACGGGUUUAAACCAAAAGAAAACGUCGAUUGCGUGAAUGAAGGGCGAAAACGGAAAUUUGUUGCCAUAAAAUGAACUCAGCGAUUGCAAGAAUGCAUGAAAAAAAAUUUAAUUAACUCAAUUAGUGAAGGAGUAAAUGACAUAUAGCCGUGUGUUUGAAUCAAGUCAACUGUGUGCAUCGCUUAUGUGCUAUCAUCAUUUCAUUUUUUUUCUUCUGUGAACAAAAAAUUCGCGUUGUGACAGUGCCUUUUUUUAUAUUGCUGCAGCAAUAGUCGAUUUCAACCGUCAAUAAUGCAGCAACAAAUGUAAUUGCUUGCAUUCGGUUUGGUUUUUGGUGAAAAAAAAAGAGAGCGAACGAAAUCCUGCGUAAAAUAAUAACAUUUCACAGAUGAAUUAGCUACUAAUUUCACAAUUACACAUUUUUUUCGAAUCGUACGAAACGGGGGAUUUGGUUUUUGUUUUUUUUUUCACAAUACGAAAAUAGUUUUGUUGUGUGCAUUUUAAUAUACACACAGCGCGAGUGAAAUUGAAGCGCAUCCAAAAAGCAAAUGUGCGUAUCCUUUGUAGACGGCUCAUUUCUUCACGUAUGCGAUAAAAAGACAUAUUUUGAGGCGACAGCAACGACAACAAAACGCAAAAAAAAAACACGAACAUCGACUGAGAGACAACGAGUGAGCGAGAGAAUCAGUUUGGGGUGGAGAGACAAUAAGAGCGAAUGAAGAAAAAAUAAAGCUCCGUAAUUCAUAAGCAUAUAUUCGCAUAUCGAAGCAACAUAGUCGAAGUUAAAACAAGCCAAAACACACGUUCACUACACACCACCGAUGUUAUUCAUUUAAUAACUUAAUAUUUCCUACGAGGAUUAUUAAUUGAGACAGAGAGAUAGAGACUUAUUUCACGUGUAGACACGAGCAAACGGACACAUUCUUUAUCUCGGUUCUUUCAUAUUCUUGUGCGCGCGCGAGAAACAACAACAACAACAACGUCGACAACGACGACGACGACGACCGCGGCGACAAAGUGUUAUAUGUUCUUGUGUAUGGAUCAAAAGCGGUUUACGGUUUGAAUCUGGCGUGGUUCUUUUCCGUUUCGGUUGUGUGUAUUUUUUUGUGCUUUUUCUCUUAAUUUCGACGGUAUUUUUUUUGUUCCUUCGUCUUCAGAAGUUGUUGUUAUUGCAUGGUGUGUUGAACAUUCGACCAAUGCUAUAAUUUGCUUUGUCGUCUCAUUCGAACACUCGUAUAUGUGCAUCGACUCAAUCGAUGAAACAAUAUACAAUCGGCCGCUUUCUAGAGGAUUCAAUUAAUUUUUUGAUUCAAGUCAAUAUUUUAUGCUGCCAUUUCGGUUCGAACGUGCAAUCAAAACUUAUCGAAUCAUAUGCACGGCCAGUAUAAGACAACCAAACGACUAUUGUAGAAAAUAUACCUUGGCGUCGUCGUGAAAUACACAUACACACAUUUUCCUGUAGAAAAAGAAGUGAAGAAUUCAUGACACAUCAGAAAGAAAAAAAAAUUAUGCCAAAACCAUAAGUACCUAUUUGAAAAGUGAAUUGGAAAAACUUGUUCGGUAUAAAUGUGCCUUAUUGUCCUGACUCUUAGCAAAUGCCUAGCCAAAUGUAGAAAGUGCAUUUGUGCACAACCAGCAAAACAGAUAAAGUGAUUCAUCAUUCUGAGAAUGACAAUGUGAUAUCAAAACAAACGGAAACCGAAAAAAAAACUCGGCAAAAAAGGUAGUGGAAAAAAAACACACACACACACACACACCAAAAGAAAAUUCAAUUGCGACCUAUUGCAUAUAUCGAACCGAUAGACUGAAUAUGUAAUUUUUGUACAAUCUUUUAAGUACACUCUCUGAAUAAGCAAAAUAGAAAGAAAAAGAAGAAAAACAAAACAACGAAAAGAGUGAAAGCCAAAAAAAAAGCAUUAUCAUCGAUCGACAACAAUUCCAAAAUCGAACACACACACACAUAGAAAAAUAAAUAAAAAAAGAUAUGCCAUUGUCGAUUGCUUGAUGAAUCCGAGUAGAUUCAGUACAACGAAUAAUCUUUUAUGUGCUUAGUAUGUUACCAACUGGACCAGCAUCUGCACAGCAACCACCGCUAAUUGAUGGUCAGCCGUUGCAUCGUCCUUACGCAAUGGGAAGUCACAACCAAUUACCACAUUUACACCAUCAUUCACCGCCAUCGCUGCAGACACAUGAUUCAUCGGGUGCCCGCUAUCUCUGGGAUCCGUCGGCCGUGGGUGCAUCCAAUUUUCAUCAUCCGUCGGCACAUGGAAUCAUAAGUUCAUCGGAAUUACAGUUCUUUGCAUCGCGUCAUGCAGCAGCAAUAGCAGCUGUGGCAGCAGCCGCUUUGCCACCACCGCCAUCAAGCUCAACAAAUCCAAAUGGCCUAAGCAAUUCAGCCUCGGGUUUGACUGCAACACCACCAGUUCCUCCAACACAUCAACAUGAUUUCCAUCCAGCUUAUCGCAUACCCGGCUACAUGGAACACUUGUACUCACUACAGCACGCUUCAGCCGCAUCCUCCAGUUCCUUGCACGGAUUGAGUGCGGAGUAUUUGAAUGGUCGAGGUCCAUCGUUGAGUGAUAUUCACGGUGCUGUGAAUAGUUCAUUGGCCAGCGCUGAUUUUCACUUCAGUUUGGACGGUAGCAAUGGACGAUUGGGCAAUUCACGUGAUGCAGCCACCAAUGGAAUGCUUCGUGCAAGUGUCAAUCGAAAACGAGCACUUUCCUCAUCGCCAUAUUCCGAUUCGUUUGACAUCAAUACAAUGAUUCGUUUCUCACCCAAUUCACUGGCCACAAUGGUGAAUGGAUCGCGCAGCAGCAGUGCCGCUAGCGGAUCAUUUGGUCAUUUGUCAGCCGGACUUGGAAUGCACGCAGCUGCUGCCGCUGCUAGUAUGGCAGCCAGCAUUACACCACACAUUCUGUCUGCACACUUGUUCCGGGCAAGCGGUCUUCUUCACUCAUCGUUCCAACCAGGCCAUUAUCCACAUCAUCACACGUCUCCCACAUCCAGUAUGUUCUCAUUGGGUCAUCAUCCAUUGCAACCAUCAAUGGUCGCAUCUUUGCAGCACGGUGAAAAUUCCGCACUAAGCCAUCAUCAUAGUAUGCGUCAUUCAUCGGUGUCACCAUCACGUAAUCCAUUGCAGAAACCCAAUCACCAAAUCUCCAAUAUGAUCGUUGACGACAACCACAAUAACAACGAUCGAAAUGAAAAUAACAAUAUGUCGAACACAAUCGAAAUGAAGAGUGUUGAACUGACGAAAAAACAUGAUCUUGCCACGGGUGGUCACAUGGGAUACAAUAAUAAUAAGAGCAGCAAACAUGAAUCGGGUCAAAAUGACAAUGGAAAAAUGAUUGCCGAAAAGAAUAAUAACGAUGCAGCGAUCAAUAGCAACAAUACGGUGGCUCAAGUGGAAGCGGACAGUGCAUCUGGAGGUGUAACAUCGGAAGCAAUUGCCUUCAAUGCAACCGUAGCCAAUAAGAAAAUCGCCAUCGGCAAACGGAACAUUAAACGAGAGAAUGGCAACAGCAUGUUUGGUUUGGGCACUAAUGCAAAUCAUCAUAAUAUGAGUAUGAACUGUAAUAAGAAUACAAAUAGCGGCGGAUCAUCGGGAAAUGAAAUCUCUGGCGCUGGUAUGGGCGAUGGCAUUGUUGACACAACCGAUUUGAAAGACGAUGCCGAAAUGAUGGAUUUCGUUGAGACAAAUUGUCAUUGGCGCGAUUGUGGCCUUGAAUUUGCCACACAAGAAAAACUCGUCAAACACAUUAGUGACGAUCACAUCCAUGCCAAUAAGAAAUCAUUUGUAUGCCGAUGGGAGGAUUGCUCACGUGAAGAAAAACCAUUCAAAGCACAAUACAUGCUUGUCGUUCACAUGAGAAGGCACACCGGAGAAAAACCACAUAAAUGCACUUUUGAGGGCUGUUUCAAGGCAUAUUCACGUUUGGAGAACUUGAAAACCCACUUGAGAUCGCACACUGGUGAAAAACCGUAUACUUGCGAAUAUCCAGGCUGUAGUAAGGCAUUCAGCAAUGCAUCCGAUCGUGCCAAACAUCAGAAUCGUACGCACAGCAAUGAGAAACCGUACAUUUGCAAAGCACCCGGCUGCACAAAACGCUACACCGAUCCGAGUUCGUUGAGAAAACACGUGAAAACCGUGCACGGCGCUGAAUUUUAUGCAAGCAAACGGCAUAAGGGAACUCCUUCAAAUCACAAUAGCUUCGAUGAUGGCCAUGGUGGUGUGUCGAAUGCCAGCGGUUUCGAUUCGAGUCCGCGCAGUGAAGAUCAUCACAGUAUUGCCGGUGGUAAAAAUACAAGCGUUUCGAGUCCAAGCAUCAAAUCGGAAUCGGACGCACACUCACCAGACCAACCGAUCAACAGUCCAAUGAGCGGAGGUGCGAUGCAACACAAUGCAACCGGUUUUAACGAUGAGUACGAAUACGUGCCAUCAUCCGUGGUUAUUAACACCGGAGCACCAAUCAUCGGCGAAAGUGUUUCAGCUAUUGACGAUCCGGCUUGGCCAUACGAAGAUGAAGAUUUAGAGGUUGCCGAUCUACCAAUUGUUCUCCGCGAAAUGGUUGGAUUGAGUCCAGGGCUUGAGGAGCACGAUGUUGGUUUCGGUCAAAUGGGUGACAGUGUUGUAACACCAGCUCCGAUGAUGGAUCGUAAUCCUCGCAACCGAUUCAAGCCUCGUUUACAGGCCAAAGGGAUCUCUUCACUUUCCAACAUACCUGAAAUCAAUCGGCGAAACAUGCGUCCAUUCGAUGCAAACAAGCGUAUUUCUGAUUUGAAAACCGAGCCAGGUACUGGACCAAUUAUUACUCCGCUCGGUGGAACUGAAUUAUUGCCUCGCUUACAAUUCCCACCAUCAACGACCAUUAAUCCAAAUGUGAAUGCAAAUGCCGUCCGUCGUGACAGUAUCAGUUCGAAUGCCAGCAGCUUUUACUACAGCAUGAAAUCGGCUGAUAUUAGCCGACGAAGUAGCCAAGCUUCUCAACAUUCGACAAUGUUAUCGCCUCCGUCAGCGAUCCAUGCAAUGCGCCCAUCGAUGAAUGCAAACAAUACCAACUAUGCAUCGUUCUACGAUCCAAUUUCACCGGGUAGCUCGAGACGAUCGAGUGAAAUGUCAAACACAACGACUGGUGGCCAGUGCCUCAUACCUCCACCACCAUCAUCUCAUCUGUUGACAACACAUUUGCAACGCUUGCAACAGAGCAGCUUCGCAAAUCCCUUGUACAACACAAACCGAUUGUCGGUGCCAUCGAUUUCGACAAUUGGCAGCGAAUUGUCGUCAGCACAUGAUAUCGGUGCAAUUCAUAUGAAUCCAUGCGUGCCAGAUCGUCGCAUGUCCGAACCCGUUAAUUUCGGUGCCAAUGAAAAAUCUCCACCUCAACGACCACGCUCCCUUACACCCACCAAACUCACGAGCGAUACACCAGCUAGUGCUGUUACAACAGCAAUCAAUGUGGAACAGCAUCCAAACAGAGAGGUCGACUUGGAUGAAGUGGAAGAAGGUGAAAUGGUCGAAGACAAAUUGAUCAUCCCCGAAGAGUUUAAAAAUUAUCUAAAUCAAGUGGCGGAUAACGAGAGUGCGGCCAAUUCAAAUGCAAAUACGCCAGUCAAUAAUGCCAAUACCAAUGCGAUGGCCAAUGAUGACAAACCAUGCGAACAACCGUCCCAAAUGUUGCCAACGCGCCGAAUGAAUGCAAAUCCAGAGAACUUCAAUCAAUGGCGAAAUUCGCAAGCAUAUCAAAUGCCAAGUCCAUUGAAUCAACCGCAGAGUCCGCCAUUAGUUGCUACACCGCAUACGCCGGCUACAUGCAACACCGACAAUAUGUGGCCAUGCGCCCAAUACCAACAAGCUCCGCCUCCAUAUCCAAACAAUUACCAUCAAAAUGGACAAUACCCAUCGAAUGCAACGCAUAUGCAAUGCAACUACAACAGCGGCUACGGUAGUGCAAUGAACUACGGAAUGAUGAAUUACGGCGGAAACAAUGUGAAUGCAUGUACGCAAACACCGGGCUAUUACCAUCGCACCGAUCGAAGUGCCAUGAAUUGUUGCCAAUUGCUUCGUGCUCUUCAAAUCAGUGAUGAUACGAAUAAAUUCGACAAUGGAAUGAAACGGAAUGGCAUGCAAAUGAAUGGAUCACCGUUGAACAAUCAAUCGGAUUUGAAUCAAAUGGCUGGUGAAAUUCAGUGCAAAGACAUAAGCCAAUCGCAAAUGUCGCCUGUUGUACAGACGCAAGCUGUGCAGAAGCAACCACAACAACAACAACAACAAAUGCAACCACAACAGCAGCAGCAGCAGCAGCAACAGCAGCAGCAGCAACAGCAGCAGCAACAACAACCACCCCAACAGCCAUUGACCAAUUUGUAUGCCACGCAAAUUCCAAUGCAAAUGUCAACCAACACUCAACCAAACAGUGCAAUUCCAGCGACGACGACGGCGGCCGCGGCCACUCUGAACAUUCAGCAAAGCCAACAGCAAACGUCCAUGCGACCCGACAUCUAUCAACGAACGUUGGAGUAUGUCCAAAGUUGCCAAUCGUGGGCUGAUCAACAGCCCGAAACGGUUUCAAGCACUUCAAACAUGCAAAUCAGCGAUAUGUCCACAUCGUUGAGCUCACUUCUCGAAGAGAAUCGUUACUAUAAUAAUUCAGUUUUAUGAACUUCCAACGCACGAACACAAUCGAUUUAGGUUUAAGCUAUGCGAUCAAUCGUUUAUUUAAUAGCGACAUAUAUUAAUUGCCAUUUUGCCAAUUACAUCUCGAAUAAAUAGAUAAGCGAAUUUUAAGAGCGAAAUUAUUUUCGAUCGAAUAGUGUGUAAGUAAAAUAGGAUUUUAGUUGAUGUUUUUUAAUUAAUGUAGAUCGAACUAAAUGAAACGAAAACGAAAUUUUUAAACGAAAAACAAGUGCCUAUAUUUUUUAUACAAACAAACAAAAAAUUAAUCGAAAACGACCAUAUGUUUCAAUGCCUUAAUGUACUACUUAAACAACAAUUUAUUAGAGAAAAGAAGAGAAAUCCUAAAAUUUAGAUACAAAAUAUACACACUUAAGUUAACUUACGCUUUGAAAUUAACAAUUUUUGUACAAACGCCGAGAUGAAUGGGGGAGACAAAUGUUUUUGAUUAUUUUUGUUUUUAAUUCUCAGUUACGAUAUAAUACGUGGUAAUGUGAUCUAAUAUGUGAAAAUGCCAGAAAAUUUGACUUGGUAAAAUAGUUUCUUUUAAAUUUAGUUGCGUAGUAGAACAAAAAAAAAUAUUCUGAGUUUAAUUUAAGCGAAAACCUUUCUUCGUAGCGAUAUUUGGAUUUUAAAACAUGCAAACUAUUUACAUUAGGAUUUAAGCGAGACAGAAUUUGAAUAAAAAUGAAACCUCCCAAUGCAGCGAAAGUAAUAAUCAAUAUAAACAAUUCGUUUUAGCACUUAAUCCGAAUAUGGGGAAAGUAUGAUGCUGAACACUUUUUUUCGACUUAAUUUUGUUUUUACAACAAUUUUUUUUUUCUUCAAAAUGAGAGAAACAUUUUGAAAAAAUGAAGAAAAUGCUUCGCAUCGAUAUAUAUUCUACGUCUAAUUUUAGUAGAGACUUAAGAGUUUGACUGGUGGCAAAUUCAGCUUUUAUUUUCGUAUUUAAAAUAUUCAAGUCUUAUUUUUUUCAAGUUGAAUGCGCUAGAGAAUCAUCCUGUUCAUUAUUCGGGUCGUCGAAAGAUGUGAAUGAUGAGCGGUGGGAACAGCAAGGAAUACAACAGUAUCUCAGACUUUAAAAAUAAUUAAAUACAUUUAUUUUUUAGCUUUUAUUAAUCGAUUAAUCGAGAAUUUUGUAAGGCAUAACAAAUAAUUUCAAUAAAUGAACAAUAUAUACAUUUAAAUACA